AUGGAAAAGAAGUUCUGGGCUCAGAUACACCAUAUCCUAAUCCUGACAAUUAACAGCAUGCUUGAAGAAAGCAGUAUUCUGGAGGUAGCUUCUGCGUACAACCAAGGGGCGUGUUCGGGAGCUUUUGCGUAUACCGAAAAGGCAACUUCUGGAGCCCUUGCGUACACCAAAGGGCAAUGUUAUGGAGCUCCAGGGUUCAACCAAGACCUGUCUUCUGAAGCUUUUGCAUACACCCGAAGGACAUUUUCCGUAGAUUCAGAAUACAACCAAGUGCCACCUCCUGUAGCUCCAGCAUACAGCCAAGCACCACCUCCUGUUGGUCUGACAUACAACCAGGCAUCACUUCCUGUUGCUCCAAUUUACAACCAAGCACCACUUCCUGUGGCUCCCCUUUACAACCAAGCGCCACCUCCUGUAGCUCCCAUGUACAACCAAGCACCACCUCCUGUAGCUGUUGCAUACGCCGAAGGAACACGUGGUGUCGCUGUUGCAUUCGUCCAAGGGUCAUCUCCUGACGUACCUGAGAAGCCCAAAACCUCAUCGUCUACAGCCGUCGCGUGCAGCUCAGGGCCACCUUUGGUAACUCCUUAUAAGCUUAUCAUGCAAGGAGGAAUGUACCAUGGAAGGAGCAUCACCGUCCAGGGUGUGGUGAACCUCAGUGCAAAGACGUUUUUCAUUGAGCUGCGCUACAAAAAUGGUGUGGCGUUCCAGCUCAGCCCAGAUUUUGACAAGAGCAGGGUGGUGUGCAGCAGCCAGAAGUGGCGUUCAGAGGAGCGCCUGCAGGGUCUUCCCUUCUGCAAGGGCCGGCCGUUCACGGUAAACAUCUUGUGCGAAGUCACGUGCUACCGGAUCUCCAUCAACGGCAUACAGACGAUCACCUUCAAGCAUCGCUACAGCAUGCUGAACGAGAUCGACAUCCUGGAGAUCGGCGGAGACGUGAGCCUCACCUCUGUGGAGUGCUGAAGUCAGCCGCGGCCCACCGGCGGAGGGCAGGUCCACUUAGCACAGGGGCAUCGUGGUCACAGAAGGUGAUGGGCUUUUAAGUCCGGAAACAUAAAAUAGUGUGACGUCGAGCUGCCCGC